UUCCGCUGUCCAGAGGCACUCUUUCAAUCUUCUUUCCUAGGCAUGGAGUCCUGUGUCAUCCAUGAAACCACCUUUAACUACAUCAUGAAGUGUGAGGUAGACACCUUCAAGAAACUUUAUGUCAUUACAGUGCUGUCUGGUGCUACCACCAUGUAUCAAGGCACUGCUGAUAGGGUGGAGAAGGAGAUCUCAACUCUAGGACCCAGCACAAUGAGGAUUAAGAUCAUUCCUCACCCUGAGCACAACUACUCGGUCUGGAUUGGUGGCUCCAUCCUGGCCUCACUGCCUACCCUCCAGCAUAUGUGCAAUAUGCAGGAGUAUGAGAAGUCGGACCCCUCCAUCAUCCACCACAAAUGCUUCUAG